AUGCCGGGAUCUGUGGGCAUCCCGGGCUUGGCAGGCAUUCUGGGCUCCAUGGGCAUCCCGGGUUCCACGGGCAUUCCGAGCCCCUCGGGCAUCCCGGGGGCUCCGG